AUGCGCCCGGCUCUUCUUCGAUUGUUGAAGAGGCCGUCCGCCGUCUCGAUCCUCGACACCCUCGCGUCAACACCGGUCGGAAUCGAGCAAUUGGAGUCCAGAUAUACUUGCAUACGAUGCCAAUCCCACGAUACCCACACAACGCUAUCCUUAGACGAUCCCGAGCACAGCUCGACCGGAACUGAGUCUCGCGUGACCCAGCGCAUGAGAUCGCCUUUCAGCUUUCCCAUCUACGAGAUUGAACCACCAAAAGCGCAUCGUUCUGCAAAGUCCCAUCCUACCGCGCGGAAUCCCGGACACAGCGAUACAGCUCAAAGCUCCACCAAAGCCCUAAGCCUAUCACCAGAGAAACUUGAGUUUGAAUCUGACGUCGGUCACUGCGAUGAUAUUGGAACCCGAUUAGUAGACCACCCAGCCUCGAGGAAUAACUUCGAUCUUUGGGCCGAGCUACUUCGUUUUCGCCAACGCCAUUACGGGGAUCAAGGUACUUUGGAUAUCUGGGAGGGGCUGACGGUGCGACUGGAUGACGUACACCUUCCUACCACAGGGGAACUCGCCGACUUCUUCUGGCGGAGCUUUGUGGACCUGGGCCUGAAACGAGAGCUUUUCCUCAGGGAUGUGAUGGAUUAUGCAGACGACCUAUGGGAGAGUAAAGGUGUUCGCUGGCCGUGGCUGUACGAGAGUGUUGUGGGCGGACUUCUCGAUCGUGGCAUGAGGAAGCGGGCCGUUGAAUGGCACAAAAGGCUCCAGCACCCCCACUUGACACACGCAAAUGAUAUUUUCCGGGUCCUCCAGUCAGCUAUCUGUCCAAAGCAUCUUCCAACCAACACUAGCCUCCAGUAUCUCAUCGAUGCCCGGCAACAAUCGUUGUCUCCAGGAGCAAAGGCUUUCAAGGAUAUGUGCUGCACUAUUGAUGACCACCGCAUUUACAAUCGUGUGAUAUCUAUCCUGUUGCAGAACCGCUAUGGCCAUGAAGCGUUGACACUGCACAAAUUUCUUGUUGGACGAGGAGACCACCCACAAAUUCCUGAGGAGAUACAACCUCUGUUGGAUUAUGCCAAGAAAUACGGAACAGAAGAGGAGUUCGAAGAGGUUCAGGCCUAUUACGAAAAAAGAUUUGAGCCGGAGCCGGAGGAACCUGUUGACCAGGAGAAGUCUGAUGCCGACGACUCGGUAGAUGAAUCAGACCAGGAACCCACCGAAGAAACUCUAUUGGAAGAGACGCCUUUCAAGGACGAUAUCGGGGCCAGGUUGUUUGCUACUCCGGCCCUGAAUUUCGAGAUGAUAGUGGCCGGGCUCAAGAUGCUUGGUGUAACCGCACUGGGCCCCCGCAUGUUCCGCGAAAUGGCCGUCAGAGCCCACGGCGGUCAGGAUAUCUUGGAGAAACUGAAAGUACUUCAACAAUCAGGAAUAUCUGCCGGGGAUUCUGUCUGUUCGCGGUUGGUGCGGAAGCUAGCUGUUCAACACCGCGACAUUCUUCUCUCGGACAUUCUCAACAGCGAUCUCCAUCCAGAUGUUUUUGAAGACGUGCACAUGCAAGAGUCACUUCUGAUAGGAUACUAUAUGAGUCGGGAUUGGCGCCAGUACAACAUGUGCUUGGCGAUUCUGACCGAAAUUUCGUCCGACACAUCGGAUCUGGCCAACAUCCACUUUCGAAAACACAUCACUGCGCGCGAACUCCAAGGAGCGUCUAAAGUUGUGGAUGACUUGACCCUUCGUGGCAAGACUCUGACUGAAGAAAGUAUAGAUUUCAUGGCUGAGAAGAUUUUCACGCCUCGUGAGGUCGGACAUGCUCCCCAUCUGGCGGGUAGUUCCGGUAUGUCUAUCGCCGAUGAAGUGAUGUUUGUCUUCAGGGUUCUCCAACGACUGGUCCCGGUAGGAGCGUAUGUCAGCGCCGAGUUCUGGGCCGAGAUUCUCAAACGCUUGGGAAUGGGGAAUCACUGGGAUGAACUCCGGGAAUGCUGUCACUGGCUGGUCCUUCAGUAUCGCAACAUCCCCGAGCAGCGUGGAAAGGCGUGGGACCGCUCGCCAUCACGUUCUACCUUGCAUCCGCACACGCUGACGGCGACCAACCGCGACGGCCGCAUGCUUGAUCUUAUCUUCACACCUACGAUGCAGUGUGCGGUAGUCUCCUGGGGAUUCAAGCUGCGCGUGGUCAAUGACACCGAAUCAACAGCCUGCAUUCCUCACCCUGUCACCGGCCACCGGCUUGUUCCCUGGGUGCGCGGGAUUCUUCUUCUACGGGAGAUGGAGCAGGCCGGCCUUCGUCUCCAUGUGCCACAAAUCAGACGAGCGACUCGAUACCGAUUGGUUAUGCUAUUCGGCGACUAUUGCCCUUCCAUACGGCCCAUCAACCGCAUGGUGCGGCGCAUGAACCCAUACAAUCCGUCCCGCGUGGCCGGAGAUAUUCUUCGGGUUUGGGGUCAACCACCGCUGUUUAGCGAGUCUGAGAUUUUGGACUGGGAUGGAUUGGUGAACCCGUCGCAGUCUCGCAGAUCGCUUCAUCGCUCCAUGAAGGUGCGUACAUCUUCUCGACGACAUUGA